GGUACUGAGCACGGGGCUGCUGAGUCGCGAAUCUCGCACAGCCCCGUUCAUUUGCAAACCCUGUACUUCUCGCGCGGGACGGGCGGACGCCUGCGCGGUUACGGAGUGUUGAUCCGAUUGAGUCUCUGGUGGCUGCUCCAUUGUUAGGAAGUUCCUGCUUAUCUGGGGCGUCUGGAAACACUGGAAAAAACGUGGCACACUAUCACGGCUCCGUCAUGUUUCCAUCGCGCGUUCUUCUGCUGCUCCUGGCGGCCUGCUUCGUCACCUGCGAGCUCGACAUCACCAUCCUCCACAACAACGACAUUCACGCGCAUUUCGACCCGGUCAGCUCCACCACGGGAGAGUGUAAGGACUCUGGCCAGUGCUACGGCGGCAUAGGCAGGCUGGUCCACGCAGUCAACACCUACAAGCAGAACGUGCCGCACACUCUGAUGCUCUACGGUGGCGACAUCUUUCAAGGUCAUAAAUACUACACGAUGUUCAAGUGGCACGUGGCUGCGGACAUGAUCAACCGGGUGCAAUAUGAUGCCAUGGCUCUGGGCAACCACGAGUUUGACGACGGCCUGACCGGCCUGCUGCCUUACAUGAACAACGUGUCGCAUCCACUGGUGUGCACCAACAUCGACUUCGGACCUCACGCCUCUCCCAUCACGGCCCUGUGCCGCUCCAGCAUCAUCCAGCAAAUCGGCGACCAUAUGGUCGGCAUCAUGGGCUUCACCACCGUCGAAACGCCGGAGCUAGCGAGCGUCGCUCGCGGAAUUCGGUUUGUGGACGAGAUUGAAGCGCUGCAGGCAGAAGCUCUGCGGCUGCAGAAGCAGGGCGCCCAGAUCAUCAUAGCUGCCGGCCACUCUGGCUACAUCCGGGAGAAGGAGAUGGCGGAGAAAAUUGACGGCAUCGACGUCAUCGUCGGAGGACACUCGCACUCCCUGCUCUACUCAGGCGAAGCCCCCCACGGCAACCCCGUGGAGGGGCCCUACCCAACGGUGGUGCUGCAACCCUCUGGCCGUACCGUGCUGGUCGUGCAAGCGUACCAGUACGGCAAGUACCUGGGCGUGCUGAACGUGACGUUUGACGGUGACGGCGAAGUGCAGUCGUGGUCAGGCCAGCCGGUGGUCCUGGACGGGCCGGAGGACCAGGAGGCCAUGGAAGCCCUGCAAAAGUACAGGGACUUGCUUCACGCGGAGGAGGCCAAGGUGAUCGCUACCAGCCUGGUGCACCUGUCUGGGGACCGGGCCGACUGCAGACAGCAGGAGUGCAACAUCGGCAACCUCAUCACCGACGGCAUGCUUAGGGCUGUACUGCAGCCCUCUGAGAGCGGUUGGAGCAAAGUGACAGCGGCGAUAUGCCAGGGCGGCGGCAUUCGGCAGUCGAUCCGCAAGGGCAACGUCAGCGAAGCUCAGAUCAAGGCUGUGCAGCCUUUCGGCAACAUGCUGGACGUGCUGCUGGUGACAGGAGACACGCUCUGGAAGGCGUUCGAGCACUCCGCGUCCGCUCACGACGAGAUCAAGGGCGGCUUCCUACAGAUCUCCGGUCUGCGCGUGCUCUACGACAUCAGCAAGCCCGUUGGAUCACGUGUCCAGCGGCUGGAGAUCGCCUGCUCGCAGGUGUCGGUGCCGAAGCUGGAGCCGGUGCUACGCAGCCGGCAGUACCAGCGGUUGGCCGCGCGCCUCUCCGGCCCGGCCGGCCGUCUCGAGUGCGGCGCCUGA